AUGUCUCACUCGAUCCUCUCCACUCCCCACAUUCAGGAUGUACCUCGGUAUUUCGUCAAAAGAGGGACCUCCGAAGCCAUGUCGAAGGAAAACACUUCAACAUCAAGCGCUUCAGAUGCAAUGCCUGUCAUUACUGCUCAAGCGAUUGCUCAGCUGUCCGUCGACACUGCAGGACUCAGCAUCAAUGGAGACCUGGCGCGCCAUCCGCAUGGACUGUUGUUCAGGUUCCUGAGUGGUGGUGGAAGUAUCUCACUCGCAUCCGACAAGGAAAAGCUGCGUUUUAUGCGGAAAAAAAUACUUGACAAAUUCUUCGUGGUAGCGAUCACCGACAAUCAUAGCACUGUUGAUGCCCUCGUUGAUGUUAUCCCGUCCUUUGAGCGUGAAGAUUGCAAUGUAUUUUCCUAG